AUGGUGCGCUCCGCCAGCCGGCGGCUGUCGCCGGUGGUCUUGCUGCUGCUGCUGCUGUUGCUGCCCCUUGGAGCUGGAGACUCCCUUCCCACAGAGAGCCGGUUCAGGAACAGUUGUAUCCAGGCCAGGAGGAAGUGCCAGGCUGAUCCCACUUGCAAGGCUGCCUACCACCACCUGGGUUCUUGCACCUCUAGUCUAAGCACCCCAUUACCCUUAGAGGGGUCUUCUUUCCCUGCAGACUGCCUAGAGGCAGCAGAGAAACUCAGGAACAGCUCUCUGAUGGGCUGUACAUGCCACCGACGCAUGAAGAAUCAAGCUACCUGCCUGGACAUCUAUUGGACCAUUCAUCCUGCCCGCAGCAUUGGUGAUUAUGAACUGGAUGUCUCCCCCUAUGAAGACCCAGUGACUAGAAAACCCUGGAAAAUGAAUCUCAGCAAGCUGGAYAUACUCAAACCAGACUCCGAUCUCUGCCUCAAAUUUGCUAUGCUGUGUACUCUUAAUGAGAAGUGUGACCGACUACGCAAGGGUUACGGGGAGGCCUGUUCAGGACACCGCUGCCAGCGCCAAGUCUGCCUUGGACAGCUGCGCUCCUUCUUUGAGAGGGCCUCUGAGCCUCUUGCGCAGGGCCUGCUGCUGUGUCCCUGCUUGCCCACUGACCGCAGCUGUGGGGACCGUAGGCGCAACACUAUUGCUCCCAGCUGUGCACUGCCAACUGAGGCCCCCAACUGUCUGGAUUUGCAGCGCUUCUGUUUCACGGAUCCACUGUGCAGAUCACGCCUGGUAGAUUUCCAGACCCACUGCCAUCCUAUGGACAUCCUGGGGACUUGUGCAACAGAACAGUCCAGAUGUCUGCGAGCAUACCUGGGGCUGAUUGGAACUGCCAUGACCCCCAACUUCAUCAGCAACAUCAACACUAGUGUUGCCCUAAGCUGCACCUGCCGAGGCAGUGGCAACCUGCAGGAGGAGUGUGAAGGGCUGGAGAGGUCCUUCUCCCACAACCCCUGCCUCAUGGAGGCCAUUGCAGCUAAGAUGCGUUAUCACAGCCAGCUUUUCUCCCAGGACUGGGAAGAGGCCACCUUUUCUGUGAUGGAGCAAAAGAAAAACUCUGCUCUGAGGCCACAGCCCUGGAUGCCCUUUAUUUUUUCCUGUACAUUUACCUUGAUUCUACUUUGGAGCCUCUAG